UCCAGCGCAGGUUUUGUAACACAGGGGCCCUGGCCAAUCACGGCACGAGCCCGCUGUUCACGUGACCGUGCUUUUCUUUAUGUAACAAACGGGUAUCUUGUGGGAAAGCCUGUCGCUCCAUUGGUAAGGACCGAGGCAGCUAUCGAAAUGUGGAAGCACGUCGGCAGAAGAAAACCUAAAUCCACAUAGCGUUUGGCCGGCAUCUCGGUGCUAUAAUGUCACUACAACCGCAAGCGGAGGAGGCUCAGGAGGAGCGAAGCGUCUUUUUCAUCGGCGCCGACAGCCUCCCCGAAGAGGAAGACCACCAUGAACUUAUACUUCAGAAAGCCAACGCGUUAGCAUCUGAAGACUGCCUCAAGGAGGCCAUUGACUGGUUUUCAGCGGCUAUGCGCUAUGGCCCCGUGCGACCGGAACAACUAAGCACUUUCGUGGACUGUAUCCUCCGCAACUUCAAGAGGAAAGCGCCGGGGCCGGAUGCUUCCAAAGGCCCGGGCCGAGACGCAGCCGGGGGCUCCGGUAGCGCGGUGUUCGACUGCCCCGGCUGUCACAGCUUCCUAGGCGAACCAGUGACCAUAGCCUGUGGACAUACGUAUUGUAGAAGGUGUUUACAUCGGCGGCUGCUCUCGAAAUGCAAACUGUGCAGCGAGCCGGUCGGCGGCAAGGAAAAAGUGAAUGUAACUCUUGGCGGACUUCUAGAAAAAUGGUUUCCCGACGACGUUAAAAAGUCGAAAACGUUGGGUGAAGUGGACGCGAUGUGCAAAAGAAAACGCUACAAAGAGGCCGUGUCACUGGCGACCGACGUCAUCCGGUCAGAUCCACACAUGAUGGCCGCUCGUCUGUCUCGGGCUGAAGCGCACAUGGCUCUCAAACAGUAUCGACUGGCUUUCGAGGAUGCAGAAUUAUGUUCCAAGUCCAGUUGUUCUGCUGAGGCUCUGUUCUGGAAGGCCAUGGUACUCCAUGAAAUGGGCCGAGUGGAUGAGUCUCUCCAACUCUUCCUCCACUGCCUGACUGUUGAUGAGGACUUUCUCGGUGCUAAAAGACAAGUGGAAAAGAUCAUGUGUGACCUGCUGUCCCCUGCUGAUGAGAACGUUAAGGUUGGCCUGAGGGAAACGACGCAGAACACGCUGCCCCACUUGCGCAGCAAGGCCCUGGCAGAAGAUUCCCGUUCUCCAGCCAAGAGCCCUGUCCAGAGACAACACCAGCACCAGGCCCGGGCCGCCUCCGCUCACAGCGUGGACAACCAGGAGAAACGCUGGGAAAGUCUAGAGCGUCCCGGCCUGAGCAGAGCGCAGUCGCUGCGGAUGCACGGCUUGACCAGCGGCGAGGAGGGGCUUAAGAGAGUCUGCUCCGCCCCCCAGCUGGGCGACCAGGACAAGGGGAGCCUGCUGAAGAGGAAGCUGUCGGUGUCCGACAUAGAAUCUUACAUCGUGGACAGCGGAAGUAGCAAACAUAAAAAGCAAGGUGUGGCAAAAAUCUCAAAACAGCCUGCCAAAGCAAAAACCUGCAAAAGUGUUCCAGAGGGGAAGUUGGACCCCAACGAUUUGGAGUGUUCCCUCUGCAUGAGGUGGGUACGCGCCGGACCGGAACCUUUGCACCUCACUGAGCACCCAGCUGACAACUGCACCUCCUCUCCACGCAGGUUGUUUUACGAGCCGGUGAGCACACCAUGUGGCCACACCUUCUGCAAAAACUGCUUGGAGCGCUGCUUGGACCACACUCCCCAGUGCCCGCUCUGUAAAGAGAGUUUGAAAGAGUAUUUAGCAUGCAGGAAGUACAUGGUGACCACCAUCCUGGACAUGUUAAUCAAGCAGUACUUGAGUCAGGAACACGCAGACAGAACAAAAAUUCACCUGGAGGAGACCAGAGAGCUUUCUGACCUGACAAAGAAUGUGCCUAUUUUUGUGUGUACCAUGGCUUACCCGACUGUGCCUUGUCCCCUGCAUGUCUUCGAGCCACGCUACCGCCUCAUGAUUCGCCGCUGUAUGGACAUAGGCACGCGGCAAUUCGGGAUGUGUAUCAGCGAUCCUCAGAAAGGCUUUGCGGAUUAUGGCUGCAUGCUAAUAAUCAGAAGUGUCCACUUCCUCCCCGACGGACGCUCCGUCGUGGACACCAUCGGUGGGAAGCGCUUCCGGGUCUUGGCUAGAGGAAUGAAAGAUGGUUACAGCACUGCGGACAUCGAGCACUUGGAAGACAGCAGGGUGGAGAACGGAGAGGAACUCGAAAAGCUACAGGAGCUGCACGACGCCGUGUACGAACAGGCCCAAGUGUGGUUCCAGAACCUCAAGAUUCGCUUCCACAACCAGAUCCUGCAGCACUUCGGACCAAUGCCAGAGCGAGAGCCUGACAUUCAGGCCACUCCAAACGGUCCGGCGUGCUGCUGGUGGCUGCUGGCUGUUCUGCCCAUCGACCCCCGGUACCAGCUGUCAGUCCUCUCCAUGACCAGCCUCAAAGACCGCCUGGUGAAGAUCCAGCACAUCCUCACGUAUCUGCAGAGCAUCCCCAACAACUAGAGCUUCCCCACAACGAGCCUCCACCUAGUCUUUUGAAGAGAAGCCUGGGAAGCCACCGGUCAGCAUCUCGCCAACUUCUGCCUCGACUACUAGCUCCAGCCCGUCGCAUCUCCUGUCACCGCUCUCUGUAUGAAAUCUACAUCCAUAGUAGAGAUAAGACCACACCACCUCAGGGAAGCCCUCACUGACGUGCAGCUGUUCUGAAAUUAGCCCCCCCCAAAAAAUAUAUAUAUGUAAUGCAAAUAACGUAAUCAGCUCUUGCUUCCAACACAGUUAAUUUUCAGAGGAGCUUCACUGUUAUUUGUGGAGGUUAAAAAAGACUUUUAGAAGAUGAGAGAGCAGUUUCCAACAAUGGGACAGUUUUUUUUUUAUGAUCGGUAAAUAUGGAGAGUCCAGUGUGUGACGGUUGAGUGAUUCCAUGAAAUAGAAUCCCAAAUGCAGAAAGUCCCAAAAAAACAACACAAAACAAAAAAACUUAAGUGAUGGCAAGAUUUUCACUACCUAUCACACGGCACUUUACGGGGAUAGAAGAUGCUUCAAGAGUUCAGCCAGUCGGGUUCUGCACCUAAAGCGAGGCG